AAAAGUAUCCUCUAUAGCACCUCGAUCAUGCAAUACCAUGGCAACCAUAAUUUAUCAUAUCAGUUUUUCCCCAGAUGUCUGAUUCAUUGGCAUGUUUUAACUGUUUAGGGAGUAACCUCGUUUGAAAAUUUAAGGUGGUCAAAAUGUCAGCACGGAAAUCAACAAAGCGUCAGCGCACACGUGCGCAACGCUACACAUCAAAUGUCUUUGCAAUGUUUGAUCAAACACAGAUACAAGAGUUUAAGGAAGCUUUCAAUAUGAUUGACCAGAAUAGAGAUGGAUAUAUUGACAAAGACGACCUCUUAGACAUGAUGACAUCACUAGGAAAAGACCCGCCUAAUGAAUACUUAGAAAAGAUGAUCAAAGAAGCACCGGGACCAAUUAAUUUUACCAUGUUUCUUACUUUGUUUGGAGAGAAACUAAAUGGGACAGAUCCAGAAGAAGUUAUUCGAAAUGCAUUUGCAAUGUUCGACACAGUUAAUAAUGGUUUUGUUCACGAGGAUUAUUUGAAGGAAUGUUUGAUGACAAUGGGAGACAGAUGGACAGAAGAUAUGGUAGACGAUUUAUUCCACGGUGCUCCUAUAAGAGAUGGAAUGUUUGAUUAUAUAGAAUUUACACGGAUGUUAAAACAUGGUAGUAAAGAAAAAGAUGACGAAGUUCCGUCACUCUCACCAGAAGAACUUCAGGGAUUCAAACAAAUCGGGAAGGAAAAUGAACAAACUUAAACAUUUAAAUCUCACUUUAUCAUACAUUAAAAUUUUAUAUUUCACAAUU